GGUGAUGUUCGUCAGUCGUGAAUUGACGAGCCGACGGCAGACGUCUUGGCGCUGUGAUUAGGUAAGGCAAGCCACAGAACCCUGGUGACGCUGCCGGCAAGCUUCUGCCUCGUGGCCUGCGAUCGUUGAUUCAUCAACGGCUCGUUUCUACGGCUUGCGCCAUGCACCUGCAGCAUCAUGACCUACGCUGCCUUGAUCUUAGACAGUGGUGAUUAUUUAUAAGACGGUUCCAUGCACGACCGCUCUACCUGACAGCCUUCGAUACUCUGCUCUCAACCUUGGGACCACUCUAGACAUCUUCACCCACUAACACAUUAAGUUAUUAAUUCUGACUACUUAGCCAACAUGUCUUUCAAGCCAGCGCUCGUCAUUGUUGAUGUACAGGAAGACUUCUGCCCACCAAAUGGAGCGCUCGCAGUAACAGGUGGACGCAACAUCGUACCGAUCAUCAACGAGUUCCUCACAUAUCCAUUUACUCUCAAGGUCGCGACGAAAGACUUCCAUCCCCCAGACCACGUAUCCUUCGCCUCGAACCACUCUCCGCCGAACAACAAGCCUUUCGAAUCCACAUUCACCAUCAAGAACCCGAACAACCCAGACGAGACGCAGGAAACGCGGCUAUGGCCAGAUCACUGCGUGCAGGGCACUAAAGGCUCUGAGCUACUGCCAGAGCUGGACGUCAGUAAGGUGGACCACAUUGUCGAGAAGGGCCAGGACAAGCGCGUCGAGAUGUACUCUGCGUUCGCGGAUCCGUUCAAACGCCCAUCUGUGGCCAAGAGCGGUCUUGCAGAGACAUUGCGCAAGGCUGAAAUCACCGACGUCUUUGUCGUCGGCCUCGCAGGAGACUACUGUGUCAAGUACACCGCGAUUGAUGCACAGAAGGAGGGCUUCAAAACAUGGGUCGUUGGCGAUGCGACAAGGGCAGUCGAUCCGUCAGCAAUGGGAGAGGUCCACAAGGAGUAUGAGAAGGUUGGAGUGACAGUUAUAGCCAAGGACGAUGCGCAGGUCCAGAGGGUCAAGGAGCAAGUCCAGCGGACUCAGGACCAGGGCGCGAAGGAUGCAAGCAAAGCCGGCGAGAGUGUGCUGGACUAGACGAAAGUCAUGGAAAUCUGAUAGUAAUCGAAUCUAAGAUGUCUUGCCGAAUCUUUGGCGAUAUGCACCCCUUGAUAGCGACGUCAUCGCCAUGAAUCCUCCUCACGCCCGGUUCUCCCGGAAUGCGGACGCGUAGCACUCGGGAUUAUCAUCGCGCGACAUCUGGGCCGGCCCCCGCUUGAUGUGAUUCCGCUGUUCCUGGAAUCGCAGGUCGUGGGUGUUCGGAAGAAUAUACAUGCUCCGAGCCGUGCCGCAUGCGCGUGUCGCGUACUUUGUAUGGCGGCGCUUUGGCAUGUGCCGACUGCGGGGCAUGGGGCAGCAGGCUUGCAGAACACAGCCUGGCGAUCGCUAUAUU